AUGCGUCAUGAUGGCUUUCCGUCCAAGCUUCUCAACCUUAUCAAGGCCUACUACGCUCAGACUCGAACUAGAGUGAGGUGCUACGGGGAAGAAUCCGAUUCCUUCGUCGUCCGAACGGGCGUCCGCCAGGGAUGUUUGCUCUCCCCCAUCCUGUUCAGCUACAUUAUUGCCUGGAUCCUGGAGAAUAGCAUGGUUGGCCUCGAGGGUGUCAGAGUUGGCCACGACUGCAACAUCACUGAUUUCGAUUAUGUCGACGACGUUGCAAUCCUUAGCGAGUCCUACGUGGAGGUCCAGCAUGCACUCGACGAGGUCAGUCGCAUGGUCAAAAUGGUGGGGAUGAAAAUUAACGCUUCCAAGACGAAAAUUUUCUCUGCGAACUUCUCCCUAUCUGAUCGAGUGGCUGUAACCCUUGAUGGUGAAGCUGUGGAAGAGGUCGAAAGCUUCAAAUAUCUUGGCGCCAAUUUUACAGCCACUGGUCAAGCGAAGGACGAAAUCCCCACCCAGACGCAUCCAAAAGCAUCUUUUUCUUUCUCUCUCUCUCUCUCUCUCUAUCUAUCUAUCUAUCUAUCUAUCUCCCUCUCUAUCUAUAUAUAUGAAGGGGUUCCCGGAACUCUUUCUCUCUCUCUCUCUCUCUGGCCUCUGUACUAG